GUAGCAAUGUUCACAAGUCUGAUAUUAUACGAGUCCAAAGUAGUCUCGAUAAUUGCUUAAAAAAACUAAGAAAAAUGGAAAGCCAAAACCAGGGUUCAGAUCACAACGACGCCACCGUUAGCGGCGGUUCAGACCAACCAAUCCCUUCCGAUUCCUCAACGAAUCCAACCCCAAACCCUGAUUCUUCAUCCAACGAUGAUCCCAGCACCGAUGCUUUAGCCAAAGCGCUAUCCUUCAUGCUUACUUCUCUCGUCAAAGAUUUCGAUUCUAAAGCCCACGACACUCUCGCCAGUCAAGACCUCCUUAUUUCCUCAGUCGAUCGUCUUACCCGAGAGCUUGAUCAAUUACUAGAAGAUGCUCCGUUACUAUUCAUAAUUCAGCAUGCUGUCAAGUUUUCUAAUGUCAGAAAGAGAGUUUCCUCUUUGAAUUUGCUUUUGAAAUCCAUUCAGCGGCGUAUCGAUAAUAUAGACCGAAUGAUAUCCGUGGGAUUGCAACACGAGAAGACUGCCACAGAAGGUUCCUGACAACAUCAACAUUGGCUGUGUAUUAUUGGUAUGUUCUAAUCCCUUUUAUGGUUGAAACAUUUUAAAUGAAAAAGAUUUAUGUUCAGUUGAAGCAAUUGGAUGUUCUAAUUCCUAGUAUGUUUCUGUUUUAUUUCUUACAUAUCAAAUUCAUUUCAUAACUUCUAAACUGGCAUCAAUUUUACCUUGGCAUUAAAAGGACUUUAAAGUGAUAUCUGGAAGACCCGACUGUUAACUAUUUCAACCAAUGACAAGAGAACUUUGAACCAAGAUAUCUGGUAUUUAUUCUUCAAGUUUGAUUGUUCUUCUGAAGUAAAAUGAAUGAAAUUAUGAAAUAAGCAAACUUUUAUUGUAUUGCUAAAAAUCUUUCAGCCUCCAAUUGGCAAAUGAGUCAGUAGCUACUAGCUAGACUACGUGAACUAUAAGUGAGGAGAUAAUUAGUGACCUUAAUGAUGAAGACUAACAAUGUCAGAGUUGCGGAAAAUGUUUGAUUGGUUUAUGUGUCAGUGAGUUUUCGAACUUUAUCUAACUUGUUCUUAUGUAGACAGUGACAAAUUGGUUAAACUAUACCAUCUUUCUCAGUUUUUGAAAAUGAGUACUCUACAGUAGGAUGGCAUUUUGGGUGCAAGGGUUUCAGUUAUCAGAUUCUUUGCAAUUAAAUUAACAAUUUAAGAAUAUCCCAUUUAACAUUUAUGUAAUAUAUCAUGAAAUGCUUUGACCAAUAAGCCAGAGUUUUGACUGAAGUCUUUUCCAGUAUACUAGCUAAAACCAAACUGAGACAUAUAUCCAAAAAA